AUGGAGUUCGACUGCAACUCCCUAUACUCAUUUAUAAUAGUAUGCGCUGUUUCAUCUCUCUCAGUAGCCAUCGGAAUUGGAGGAGGGAUUCUUUAUGUCCCAAUUCUUGGAGUUUUAUACCAUGAUGUAGCCCUUGGAGUUUACUUAUCAAAGAUUUCAAUUCUAAUUACGUCUUUUUUGGGAACAACAUACCAUAUAUGCAAUGAUGUUUAUAUUUUAGUUAAACAGAGAAGGAUUAAUAAACCAGAUGAAGAAUCUCAUUCUGAUUUAACACUUAAAACACCUGAAACUCCCAGGGUUUAUUUUGUUCUAGCGCUUUCUCUUCUCCCAUCUUGUAUAGUAGGCACAAAUUUAGGAACUAGAUUACACUUUUAUGCAAAAAAAUACCUCAAAAUCUUACUCACAUCUGUGGUUCUUUUAUCUAUACUUCUUACAUUUAUAAAGCUGUACCUAAUGUAUAAAAGUAGUAAAACAAAGCUAAAUUUGAAAUUAGAAUCUAAAAAUUUUGAAAACAUUGUUGUUGAAAGCUCAAAUGGUGAAGGUGUAAAUAAAGGAAUAAUAUCAACGAUUUUAGGGGCAUAUGAUAAAUCUAGUUUACACACAGUUAAAAUGAGGUCCAUUUCAUUUGCCCUAAUAGCAUUUUGUAUCAUAUUGUACUAUAUAUGUGUAAGAUUUGAAGAUUCAUUCACCCCUAUUCCUAUAUUGGUUUUGCUUUUCUUUAUUGGACUGUAUUUUUCAAUUAGGCUGAGGAUGUCAUUCAGGUUGUUUAAAGAAAACGAUGAAACAAAUGAAGGUGAUGGUGAUGAAGAAAUGAAAGAAAAAGAGAAAAAAGAAACAAAGUUUAGCAAAUUUUUGGAACAGGGAAUACACAUUAUUUUCUUGAAUACACUGGUAGCCAUUUUCUCUGGAUUAAUGUCAGGUACAAUAGGAAUAGGCUCAGGAAUAUUCCUUAUUCCAUUAUUACAGUACCUAAACGUGCCACCGAUCUCCUGCUCAGCUACGUCCAAUCUGUUAACAAUGUCAAUGUCGAUAGCGACUCUUUCAAGAUUCUCAUUCAAAAUAGAUUUACCAGGGAAAAUGUUUAUACCACCAAUAUGUGGAUCGCUGUUAGGGACAUCACUAUCUCUAUUUAUCAUAAGGUCAUUAAUUAAGGACAAAAUCACAGGGCUAUUCAUAAACCUCACUCUUCUUACAUAUUGUAUUUUAUCUAUCAUUGUAUCAUGGGCAAUUUAA